AUGGCAUUGACUAAUGGCCAAGGCCAGUGGCCCAAAGAAGACAUUGUGAUGUUACUGGAUCUCCUGGAGAAAAAUCUCCUGUCCAAUGACAGCCACACGUUCAAAACAACCCAGUUAUAUAUGGACUGGGGAAAAGUAGCUUUUAAAGGUUAUUCUGGAGAAAUGUGCAAACUCAAAUGGUUAGAGAUUUCUAAUAAGUUAAGAAAGUUUCGUACUUUAACAGAAUUAGUCCUGGAAGCUAAGGAACGUGUUAAAAAUCCUGACAAAAGCAAAAAACUCAAGAAACAUCCAGACAUGCCCAAGAAGCCCCUGGCUGCUUACCUCCGCUUCUACAAGGAGAAGCGGCUCCUGUACUCCCAAAUGCACCCCAAACUCAGGAACCAGGAGCUGACCAAGGUCCUGUCUGAGAAAUACAGGGAGCUCCCAGACCAGAUGAGGCUGAAAUAUAUUCAAGAUUUCCAGAAGGAGAAACGGGAGUUUGAGGAGAAACUGGCUCAGUUUAACAAGGGCCACCCUGAUCUAGCCCAGAACUCCAGGACAUCUGUUGUCCCCAGAAGGAGCCCAACCAAAGGCCAAAAGAAGGUUCAGGGAAAUGUGACAGACGUGAAGUCUCCCCCAGAAACCCGUUUUUCUGAGUUGAAGCUGCCUGGAGAGCCCAAGAAGCCCCCAAUGCACGAAUACCAGAAGUUCCACCAGGACUUGUGGGCGCGCGGGGAGCUGCGAGCCCUGCCCCCGAGGGCGCAGGGUGGAGGUUGGCAGGCGCUGGCAGCGGGUCCCCUGGGGCCAGAGGCCGCAGUCCAGGCAGCAGGCCCAGGGGCUGCAGGGACAGUGCAGGGCGGGCCUGGGCACUGGCUCAGGAGCCUGUCCCCCGAGGAGCAUGCUGCCUACAGAGCGAGGACCUAUGCUGAGCGUGAGAACAUGGGCGUGCACGGGGCCGGGCCCCAAGGUCCUGAGGCCAGACGUGCAGCCUCCGUCAGCAAGGCCCCGCAGGAAGGGCUGGCGCGGGAGCAGGGCCCGCAGGCUCCGGGGGCAGAGGCCGCAGAGGCCGCGGGGGCCAUCCUCAUGCCUCACGGGGGGCUUCCUCACACUAAACCUACCCCAGCUCCCAGCCCGUGGGGAAUGGAAAGGUGGCCUGUUUCUCAGCCUGUCCAGGAUGCCACAGUCAUUGCCGAGAAAUCCAAUCUCGGGAUCUCUACCAAAGGGUUAUUCCAUGGGGAUCAAGGUGUAUGUCUCACUCACAUUCGGGAGAGAUUAUUUGUUUGGAAUCAGACAAAGUAUCCCAAAUAUAACUGCAGUGCCACAGCCUCCCUAAAGAGCAAAAUAGGACCAUCAAGGAUACAACAGCUGAACCCAAGUCUGAGGCUUCCCACUGCGUCGGCGGCAAUAGCACAGCUGACGGCAGAUCUGUGA